CCGCGCUGUCGAUGUUGAUUGUCGUGAAUGGGUCGCGAAUUAGCAAGAGCAGUUUGCCAUCAACGAAAUUGGAUUGUGACACACCAACUUGACCGUCGACUGGAACAUCGAAGCCCGGAGAAGCAUCUUUGUGCGAACCCUAUGCCAUACGUGGUUAACGGUGAAGGUCAGUGGACAGCUCUCUCUCUCUCUCUCUCUCUCGCUGACAGUGUCGAUUAGGUCAUUGCGACACAUGUAUGAAGUGCAGCUUUGGCGAAGAACCCGCAAACAGCAGGGAACACAAUCCAACUCCGACUUCUUGAGGACACAAACCAACUCCAAGGGCGUGGUUUAGGUGUGAGAAUCGAGUCGCAACAUGACGAGAUCGCGAGGAGGAGUUGAAGGAGAUUAGGAAGCAGCGCUGAAGGAAUUGGAGCAGCGAGAGAGUAGAGAAAGGAGAGGAGAAGGGCGAAAUUCUGUAAAAAUUAUAUGAGGCAGUGGAUUUAGGAACAUCAAGAAGGGCUAUAAAGUUGCGAAACAGAUUCACUGGGGGCUUGCUGGUGGAGAUGGAAGCUAGCAGGAGGGGUGGGGAGGCGGUGUAAACGAGGGUGGGAAUGGACGAUGCUUUAGAAUUCACUUCGAUCAUGACCUCGGGGGCGGCAGCAACAGGGUAGUCAAUCAAUUAAUCGGAUGCUGGGCCGUUAAGAAGAGCAGGAAGACGGGGAGGUUGCGGACACAAGCAUUUGUAGCGACACGUCGUUGGAAGGUGGGCAGGGCAGGGCAGGGCAGCGCAUUCAGUUAGACGCCCACCCACUCCAUCGCCAGCACACACACACACACACACAUACACACACCCUUUCCCCAACCUCGCAAUGGCAUCAUCACAAUGUCCUCCUGCCCUUCGCCUCAGCCCUGCCCAUUUUCUGACGAUGGGCAGGUUUGCGAUGAAACGGCUUCGCCCCAACCAUGGACUCUCUCUCUCGACUUCUUCUUCGUCCUGCACUUUUGUUGUUAGUCUCCACUUCCACCAGGCUUGCCCCACUUCUUGCUCCGCUACUCCUGACGCACGAGCCUUUCUUGCCACUCUUUCCACCAUCCCAUCCCUUCCUUCCUUCCUUCCUUCCUUCCUUCUUCUUACCGUCCUUUCUUCCCUCAACGAUCUCUCUAUCUCUGUUUCUACGAUCUUCUUGCCGUUUCAUGACUGACUCACAACUCCUUCCUUCUCCCUUGCCCUUGCUCCAUUCUUUUCCUUAUCUCUUCUCGGACCAUGUCACCACCUGCGCACUUCACAUAACUUCUGAACCCAGUACUGUGAUUUCAGGGUUCACUCCUGCGAAUAUUGCUUGUGUUCUGGGUGGCUGUUUUUGUCCUGUCUUUAUAUUUUUCCUCGUUAGUAUUAAGUAUUGUUGCUCCUCUUCGCCUUAACUUGGAUUUUCAAGGUUGUCGUUCUCAUUAGUCUUACUUGGGUCGCACUUUGCGGAAUUGAUUUGAAAGAACUCGCUGUUGGAGGCCCGACAGUGACCAUGAAAUUGUGGAGUCGUAGCGGCAUGAACUCAAUUACACGUAUGUUUUCAAGUUGAGGAGGAUACUGUAGCGUUUCGCAGUUUAUCUUCUCAGUACAUUCGCAGUAUCUGCUUCCAUCAAAUCAUCGUCAGCGUGUACGAAAUGAUCCUCAUGGAGUAUGUAGCCGCCGCCACCAAUUUUAAAGGUUUUCCUUGCGGUAUGCCUAUCUACCGACUGACAUCAGAACGACAGGUUAGAUGCUCCAUGCAUGGGGUGAUGCGCGGCCAAUGAAUUUCUCCCAAGCCGUGCUUCCUAUCCAUAAAUGACGGUUGCAGCCCUAACUUGCGUGUGCAAUCCUCACAAAUGAAGGAUUCACGUCCUGGAUGGUACUUUGAACUACUUGUAAACGUCAACUUCACCUGAUAUAGUGUUGAGAUGAAGCUGUUCCUUGUAACCAUUCGCUUUCAUGUACAAGAGGGUUUCUGCUUUCGAUUAUCAUUGCUUCAAGUGUCAUCCUACAACCCACGAUCAAUAACAGGGGGCUCAAUUGUGUUCAGGUAACUUGGACAAAGUACUGUUCCAUCCAGCACUCAGAAUUUUCUUCACAACGGGAUGCUUUUGUAUGACACCUCAAGCUUAGAAGUGAGUGACUUUGUAAUCCAUGCAGCAGAUGAAAUUUGGAGUAGUUUAUGACGAAAUUAACCCAUUCGUCUGGCUUGAAUCUAUUCGUCUACAGAGCAAUUUCCUCUCGCUCAUAAGAGUGACCUAAAUCGAUGACGCUUCUCUGGCACUAAGUUGGCAGUCCCAUCUGCUCUAUGGUGGAUGAUCGCUCAAUUAUAUUGCUCCGACCUUUUGGUAGAGGCAGAAUGGUCUUUAGUGGAAAGAAGGUAGAGAUCUGAGAAAUUCCCGGCACAUGUCUUUGCAUGUCUCGAAAAUUCUUGAAUCGUCGGAGUGAUUAAUCAUCUCAAAAAUGCACCAAACGUGGGAGUGGCAGCAGCCUUCUUACUCUUCAUCCAUCCAGCCCGCCUCGCUUCCUUCAAAUGCUUGGGACACAUGGCAAAGCGACGGUCAAGGCAGCCAGGCGCAUUGUGGAUCAGAAAGCUAUGUACAGCACGUUUACGCACCAGAGAGUUAUGUAGCGAGUAAUGCUUGCCCAAAUAGUGCAUGUCAACCCACAUUAUACUAUCACACAAAUGCUCCAGGAACCCAGCAAGAUAUAUGGCAUUCGGAAAUCCAUGGAUCUGGAGCUUACAGUGCAACAGCAGCUUAUCCUGAUCAAUCAGCUCAUCUCACGAAUCCUAUUGUUAGUAGUGAGGGAUACACUCAGCCAGCUGUUUACGCGACAGUCGCGUAUCAAACAGCAUACCAGCAGGAUGCGUGGCCAACAACCUACGCUUCUGGAGAUGUGGCUUCGGAACAAAACCUGUAUCACGCAGGCACUGUCACUGGAGCCAAUAUUAUUCAGACAGCAGGAUAUCCAAAUGCAGACCGCACUUAUUUGGAUCAGAUGGAGCAGCAAAGGCAAAUUGAGCAUGCGCAGUACUUAAUCAGUAGAUGGGGAACCAGCGACGAAACACCAACCGAAACAGCAACUUGUCCAAUGUCGAGUGGACAACCCGCCUAUUCUGCUGGCCCCCCACAUGCUUCCCUGCAGUGCACACCGUAUCAGGUAGAUCAGCAUUGGACGUUAGGCAAGAACACUGAGGCGCCAGUACAGAAUUCAUGGAGUUGCAGUAGCAGAGGGGUGCAACAGCAGAGCAGAUGGCCACACAUAAUAGAGGCAUCAGCUAGAAUGAGUGGAGCAUCCUCACGAACCUCGGGUCGAGCUGGGCGUGCUGGUGGACGCCAGGGGUUGGCAGCAGGAGAAGGUGGGAGGAAAGCAGCACAGAGGUGGACACCAAAAGAGUUUGUUCCGGAGGAGAAGAAGAACGUCUCUGAGCUGCCGACAUCUGAUGUUGCCAUACCGGAACAAGAUCCAGCCAAGGAAGACGACACCGAAGCAGAGACUGUGGCCUCCGGAGGUGGGCUCUGUUGUUUGCCAAUUCCUGCUGUUUCUCCCAGUUCCCACUCGGCCACAGCCUCUUCUUGAAUCUUUCAUAAUAAAUCUAGAGCAAGUACUAUUUAAGCUAUUUUUUUGAUGCUGUUUAAUCAGUAAGUUCUUUUCUUUUUCUUUUUCUAUCAUUCAAGGAAGGCAUUGCACAAAUGAUUGUCACAAACUUAAUUUGACAUUUGUUUCAUGAUUUCAUUUUCAAAUGUAAAAGAGUCUAUUCUUGACAAGA